AUGGUGCAAUUCCAUCUGAUCCCAUUCACGUGUUUUCUGUCAAUGCAACUUGCACUUUCGGGUGAUGUUGUCAGCGCUUUCUCUGUGCCAAAACAAACAACCUUGACGACGCGACACCAAAACGUGAAACGAGAUGCAACCUCACCAAUAAAUUCCAAGCAAUCAUCAUUCUCGAAAUCUGAUUCAGAAUCUUCAAGAGUAAUUGCAUCCUUUCUACUCGGGGCCACUCUGUCCUUCAUGGGUAUGGUCAGUCAACCUCUUCCCUCCGUGGCAGCAUCCACCACAAUUAUGGAUCCAAUGCCCGGUGAUGUUCAGGGCGUUGGAGCCGUCACGCAGUCCAAACUAGGUCAGUCCGUACGAGGAGCAGUCAUUGGAGGUGCCCAAAUUGCCGAUUCUUUGGAUUUGCAGUGGGAACGCUUCAGCGACAAGUUGCGGGACGAAAGCAAGUGCGAUCCUCGGACCAAUCGACGCAUGUUUGACAAUGGCACUCGCCGAGAUGGGACGAAAAUUGGAAAUCCAGUGUUGGGGGCACUUUGUACACCGGAGCCUCUAAAGGCGGUGGAUGAUUCUGUGGUCGCAGUUGUCACCAAAUUGGCUGAAGACGCCAUGCUGGAAAUAUCAAAUUUGGAUCGAUCGAAAUUAAAAGAAGCGGAGCAAAGAGUGGCCGACAAAGUUCGACCCGCGUUUGCCAGAGCUGCCGCUUCCACUUCCUCAAUAGAAACUUCCAAUUCUGCUGAUGCGGAUCCAGAACUAGUACAAAAGCAAAAACGACAGGAAUUCAACAGAGAUCUGUAUGUACAAAUGCGGACCUACGGAGAGGUAUUGACAUUUCAAUCGUCGGCAUCCACCCCAAAAUCCAAAAGCAGCGUUAUCUCGCAACAGUUUGAAACCUCGUGGGGGAGAAAAAUGCUGCAAGAGCUUGCACCAAACGCCAAUCGCAAGGAUUAUUCAUCGCCCUUUCCAAAGCCAGAUCCAACCGACGAACAACCAUAUGAUGAAGCUUCCCUCUUGGACGCACUUGGUGGCAUCAGUGUCGUUCUCAACAAGCUUCAGGCAGCCGGAAUAGUGGGACACUGGGAGAUUAGUAUACCAGAAGAUGACUUUUGGAAUGUGGUGACCAUUGCAGUGGACGAUGAUGUUUCCAUUGGUGGGGAAAUCUUGGCCCGAGAGAGCAAACUUCCGUUGAGUGGUUCUCCUGUUGUGGGACUUGUCAAAGCGGCUAUGGAAGGAACUAGGAUACCUUAUAAGAUUGACACCUUCUUCAUUGACCCCACAACUACCAAACAAGAGCUGUACAAUCCAUCUCAACUUUUGGUGAGCUUGGGUGACCUCGGGCAGUGA